AUGACCACCAGCACCUCGACCAGCACCACCAACACCACCAGCACCACCACCAGCAGCAUCACAACUUGCACCACCAGCAGCCGCACCACCAGCAGCAGAAGCAGCACCACCAGCAACACUAGCACCAGCAUCCCCAGCACCAGCACCAGCAUCACCAGCACCACCAGCACCACCACCAACAGCACCAUGACAUGCACCAACAGCAGCAGCACCACAAGCAGGAGCACCACCACCAGCACCAGCAGCACCACCAGCAGGAGCACCACCACUAGCACCAGCACCAGCACCAGCACCAAAACCACCACCACCACCACUAGCACCACCAGCAGGAGCACCACAACCAGCACCAGCAGCGCCACCAGCACUACAACCACCAGCAGUGCCAGCACCUGCACCACCACCACCACCACCAGCACCACCCCCAGCAGCACCAGCAGCCACACCAUCACCAACACCACUAGCACCAGCAUCCCCAGCACCAGCACCAGCACCACCAGCACCACCACCACCAGCAGCAGCACCACUACCAGCACUAGCAGCACCACCAGCACCACCAGCACCAGCUCCAUAUCCACCACCAGCAGCACCACCAACAACACCACCACCAGCACCACCAGCAAAAGCAGCACCAACACCGCCACCAGCACACCCACCACCAGCACUAACACCACCAGCAACUCCACUAGUACCACCAACACCACAAGCACCACCACAAGCACCACCACCAAAAGCAACACCACUGCCAGCACCUCCGCCAGCACCACCAGCACCACCACCACCAACAUCACCACCACCACCACUAACUCCACCAAAACCACCAGCACCAGCACCACCACCGCCACCAGGACCACCACCACUAGCACCACCAGCAUCACCAGCACCAGCACCACCAUGAACACCACCACCAUCAGCACCACCACCCGCAGCAGAAGCACCACCACCAGCACCAUCAGCACUACAACCACCAGCACCACCAGCACCAGCACCACCACCACCAGCACCACCAUGAGCAGCACCACGACCUGCAAGACCUGCAGCAGCACCACCAGCAGCAGUACCACAACCAGCACCAGCAGCACCACCAGCAACACCACCACGAGCAGCAGCACUACCAGCAGCAGCACCACCACUACCAGCACCACCACCAUCUCCACCAACAGUACCACCAGCAGCACUACCUGCACCACCAUCACCAACACCACCAGCAGCAGCACCACCAGCACCAGCAGUACCACCACCAGUAGUACCACCACCAGCACCAGCACCAGCACCACAACCAGCACCAUCUGCAUCACCACUAUCAGCACCACCAGCACCACCUCUGCUCCACCAGCUUCACUAACACCACCAGCACCAGCACCAACACCAGCACAACAAACAGCACCACCACCGCCAGCACGUCCAUGA